GGCGGCGCCACACUGAACCAGCUCUCAAGCCACAAGCAGCGAGAGAGUGAUGUUCAGAAAAGUUAGUAAGGAAUUAGCGGUUAGCUUCAAGCCGAGGCAGCUGCGUUAAAGACUGCGAAGAUGUGCCUUUAGCUCGCUGUAGCCGGCGCGGUCGUUUCGGGUUAGAGAAGGCGCGGUGAGAGCGACCUGUGGGCGCAGCGCCAUGGAGGAGUACAGCACGACGGUCCGCGUCUCUGGAUUCGUGCUGGGGUCGCUGAUGUUUCAGCAUUUGAACAGUGACUCUGAUGCGGAAGGUCUCUUCAUUGGGGAGAGUCUAGGAGAGGAGAACAGUAAAAUCACAGACUCCCAGACCGAUCAUAUUCAGUUUGUGCACACAAUAAAUAUUCAGAAGCAUGUUACCUGUAGAAGGACUCACAGUUUCUACAACAACGCUUGUGAAGUAGACAAGGAGAAAAUUAAGCAAAUUCUGUCGAAUUUCAAAGAGGAGAAUGUGAUUGGAUGGUACCGGCAGCGGAGAAACAGCAGCCAACAGAUGACUUUAAAAGAACAGUUGGUUCAUCAGAAUUUAAGGAAGGUUUGGCCACAUCAGGAACUUAUUUUCUUGCUGCUGACGCCUUCAGAUGGUACAUCAUCAGGCUCCACUCAUCGUCUUGAAUACACAGCCUUCAUAUGGAAUGGCAGUCAGUACAGCAGCGUUCCUGUCUCAAUUAGCAACUUGGGUAUGCUGGACCAGCAUGACUACUGGAGAGUCUCGGCCACAUGCCCUUCUUUGAGCCACUGUCAAGCUGUAAAAAAACACCGAACUAAAUUCUUCUGUUCAGAUGAUGAUCUCAGGGAGGUGGAAAAAGUCAGUGACAUGAAUGAUGCCUUGUUAGAUGAAAUGAAGACCGUAAGUGAGAAAGUAGAGAAGAGUGAGCGCUUGGUGGAAAAGCUUCAAGCAGAUAUCACAGAGCUCAAGGAGGCCAUUCGCAAACGAAAGAAAAAGCAUCAAGACUGUGAUGACAUUGAAAAAUCCACUUCAAAUGAGCCCAAGGAGAACCUACUACUAUGCGCAGCUCUGAGAGCGCUGUUCCCAAAUGCGCCAUCGUUACGGACACAAACUCUGACUGUUCAGGGCUUUCCUGUACUAGAGCUGUGCUGCAGCACUGACCAUGGCAUUGACAUUCCUACCAGAUUGCCACUGGUCCUGGAGCCUGAACGUGGCAUGAGGAAGAGGAAAGCGAGCAGAGGCGGCUUACUAAAGCAGAAAAGCCAUGUCACGGGUAUGUCAAAUAAAAGAAAGAACACCAUUGAUCCAAAUGAAUCAGAUAGUGGGUCAGAUACAGAGAUUGAGAUGACCAGCCCAAAUGCCAGUAAUUCUCCUGUUUUUUAAAUGCCUCUUACCUUGGGCUGUGGUAGACAUCAGUUUGAAUGGCCUAUGUCAGAUCCACUACUGUCAUGUGAUUAUUUGCUGCAAUGUUGACAGUGUAGCCUGUUAAUUUAGAAACACGUUAAGUUAAAAAGAUCUGCUUAGUGGUCUUGUAUCAGGUAUGGAACAGGAAUCAGAAACUCCUGUUUGUUUGUUUAUGACUUUAGAAACGUUUCUUCCAAUGAAGAAAACCUAUAAUAUUUUCUGCACUUGUUUUUGUGUGUUUUUUAUGGAAAAUGUGUUUAACCAUGUUCUAAUAUUGGAUUUCUGAAUUAAAUGUAAUAUUAAUUAGCA